UAAAAUCCUAGCUACACCACUGAGCUGUAGCAACCUCAUACGGGCUACUCAGUCAACAGACAUCACUGAUUGUGAUCCCAAAUCCAAACAACAAAGGGCUCGAGAGGAACGGUCGAUUGCUUCACUGAAAGAGCGCACAGUGAUCAAUGGUGUGACGUCAGCGGAGGAUGAAAAUCCUAAAUAAAUACUGAUGAGACAUUAUCAUCACAUCAUUUCCUGGAAAAAUGACGCACGAAGUCAAUUGCAACAAUAGGCUGUUGUGGAAAUCAACGACACGAGUCCCUAUAAAUACGAGUGGGAACUUCGUUCAGCCUCAAUGCAACUUUGUCUUCGGAGUCUGUUUACUUUACAACAAAACGCGUCACUAUAAAGUGUGUGCGAAAUUGGCAAGUUUAUUUUGAGAAGUUUGGAUCUUUCUUUGGGCUAAUAAACAGUUUUUUGUUGCGAUCUAGUCUGUUUCUCACCCGGUACUACCAGAAGAUGUCUAGAAUGAUGCAGCUUUGCUUGUCAGCUGUCCUGCUGGCUUUGUGUGUGGACGCAAUGCCACCAUUAAGGAAUGUGAACACAGAAAAUCAUGACUAUCGUGUGGUGUGUUACUUCACCAACUGGGCACAGUACCGGCCAGGGUCGGCUCGGUUUGUCGCCGCCAACAUGGACCCCAGUCUCUGCACCCACAUCAUUUUCGCCUUCGCCAAACUCAGCGACUCCCGCACCAACCGUCUAGAGCCGUACGAAUGGAACGACGAGUCCACGGACUACAUGGUCGGCAACUACGAAGCCGUGAACAACCUGAAGCAGACCAACCCGGCGCUGAAAACGCUGCUGGCGGUGGGCGGUUGGUCCCACGGGGUAGCACAUUUCACCUACAUGGCCGAGACGGCCGAACGACGGCAGGUGUUCAUUCAAGAUGCCAUUCAGUUUCUCCGGCAGAGGAACUUCGACGGACUAGAUCUGGAUUGGGAGUUUCCCGGGGCGAUCAACAGAGGUAGUCCGGCUAUCGACAAGCAACGAUUUACGCUACUUGUUCAGGAACUCCGCGCAGCGUUUGAAGAGGAGGCAGCGCAGACGGGGAGAGAACGCCUCCUGCUCUCAUCGGCUUGUGCGGCCGGUCCCUCGUACAUCGCAAACGGCUAUGAAAUUUCCGCUAUUUCAAGUUCUUUCGAUUUCAUCAACUUGAUGGCCUACGACUUGCACGGCUCCUGGGAAACCACUACUGGUCACCACACAGCCUUGUACCCAGGUGAUUCAGAUNGUCGGGAACAACCUGCUCCUCACCGUGUUGAUGGGCAAAGACAUCAGUCCAAUGCUGUUGAUAUUUGGCUAGAGGGAGGAACACCGCCCUCCAAGCUUGUUCUGGGUAUGGGUCUUUACGGCCGCUCGUUCACAUUGAGGGGGCAGCAGACGGGCAUUGGCGCUCCCGUUAGCGGACCGGGUACUCCAGGAGCUUCAACACGAGAAGAUGGCUUCCUAUCUUAUUAUGAGAUUUGCAACAAACUCCAAGAUGGCCAGCUGACACGGGUAUGGGAUGAGAGGCGCCGGGUUCCUUAUGCUUUCCAUGGUAACCAAUGGGUUGGUUAUGACGAUAAAAGGAGCAUACGUGUCAAAGUUGACUUUUUGAAGGAGAAAGGCUUGGGUGGCGCCAUGGUGUGGGCCAUUGAUUUAGACGAUUUCAACGGGGACUGCGGCGAGACUUGGCCGCUGAUGAAAGCCAUCAACCGUAGGCUUGCUUUUGAUGCCACCUCUUCACCAGCCACCGAUGAGCUGGUCACUGACUCACCAGCCACGGACGCGCCAGCUACCAACACCCCUGCCACCAACGCACCGGCCACCAAUGUACCGGCCACUGACGCAAGAAUCACCGAUGCACUGGCCACCAACGCACUGUCCACAGACGCCCCAGCCACUAACGCAUCCUCACCAACCCACUCACCAGAUGCCGGUACCUUCACGUGUCGGGAUAAGCCCAAUGGAUAUUACGCAGAUCCCAACAGUUGUAGGAUGUACUACAUCUGCAACCAAGGAGUUGCAAGCUAUCUUCCGUGUGGUACAGGCUUGUACUUCGACCCCCAAACGUAUACUUGCAACAAUCCCGAAAACGUCCAUUGCAACGCCCCAGACACCCCCCUGUUCUGCGAUGACCGAGCCGACGGUCAUUACGCUGACCCAGCGGACUGCAGUAAAUUCUACCAAUGCGCAAACGGUUUCACAUAUCUGACGUCCUGCCAGGAUGGUCUCUUGUGGAAUUCCCACAUUAACUCAUGUGACUGGCCUCGUAAUGUCAAGUGCGACCGGAAUGAAGUCUUCUCGUGUGACGGACGAGAGCACGGUUAUUACGGGGAUCCCUCUGACUGUGCCGGUUACUACCACUGCGCCGGUGGCAAGACGUACCGGUUCAGUUGUGGAGACCUGUACUGGAAUGGGCAAGUUGGUGGAUGUGAUUAUCCAAGCAAUGUUCAAUGUACUGUAUAGUACAAUAAAUUACAUGUACUGCCUGUAGAGCACUUUAUAGAAUUAGAAUGACUGCCAUUAGCAAACGACACUGCCCUAAAUCGUAAUGUUAUUUUGUCUUCAUUUUCCACAAGCUGGACAUGUAACAAAACGCGUACGAGUAGUUUCCUAUUCACUCGUGUCAUGUAGAUUUUAGCAUUGCUAUAAUUCCAAUUUAUGAAAUACUGCAAAAGAUUAAUGAAAUGUUUCGGGUCUUUUUACGAAAAGUGUUGUCAUGAUGCAUGGAACAUAUCUUCUAGACAAUUUUCAGAUAAGUCUUCAUGUUUCAGUUUCUAACAAUGCUUCUGUUGCAAUUAUGCACACAAAAUAAUUAUAUAAGUGCAGUGUUUUUUAAGUAGAAGGCUUAUUAUUAGUCUUAAUAUCCUUUCAAUCUAUUAUUUUGUUGAAGGACCUUUUAUUCAAAAUGCUUAACUUUCAGUCUUUAUUAUAAACACAACUGUCUAUUAGAGGUGAUCAAUGUUCCUAACUCAGUUUAUCAAAAUGUGUAAGUAGUGGG